UGGUUGACGUUCUAAAACACUCUCCUGGUUGAGGCACAUCACGUUUUUCAAGCUGUGCUGCAUCGUGAGCCGUUUGGCCAGAGUGCGAUCAGAUUCCCACUGACAGUGGACGACGUAUCGGUGUGUGAAUAAUAUGCCCCUCGUCGAAGCCCCGCUUUAAGCCGACGCAACCAAUAGCGCAGGGUGUACACGGUAGAUAGUGACCGACGGCGGAGAAGAUUGUGCGCUGCUUAGCGGCGUGUAACAGACCGGACAGCAGUAAAGCGACGGAGUUCUAACGUCAUCACGUCAUCAUUGCACACACAUUCGAAGCGACUAGAUAGAGAGAGUGGUCCCCAUUGUGACUGUGGCAGAGGCAGCUAAUGAAGCAAACGAUUCCAAUGGAUAUAAAACCUCGUUUCAUUCAAUCAGAUCCUCGCUCCCAAACCUGUAAUCUUCAAACGCAAACAGAUUAUCCUUCCAAGGACACUUAAAGAAAAUCGCUCGGACAGUACAACACCACUCGCUUAGCUAUUGUAGUCGUAUUUUUUGUUCAUCCCUUAAAUCUCCCCGUGAAAUACCCUUCAAUUAACCUCGAAUCCUACCCACCAACCAUCCAUCCAUCGACCGAAUUCCCCACAGUCCGUACGGGGGAACCUAUUUGAAGGUAAUACGUUGGGAGCGAGCCUAGGUUGAAGCAUGGAAUGGCUGCUAGCGAACCCGCAGAUCAACAGCACGUUCGGUUCGCUGGGCACGUUCGAGGACGAUGUGUACCACGUCAGCGAGGACUGUCUGGUAACGCUGGAGGAGAUCAUCUGUAAGCUGGCGGUGGAGGAUGCGACCCUGCGAACAUUUCGCCGGGCGAUUGGGUUCGGACAGAACGUUAAGAACGACAUCGUACCACUGCUGGUGAAUGCGAAGGAUGUGAAGAUCAUCGACACGACGAUCCGGUUGCUGGUGAAUCUGACCGUGCCGAUCGAAUGUUUGCUACCGGUAGACCUCGUGUCAAAAUCGGAGAUCGGCCGGCACACGAUCUUCGAGCUGAACAAGCUGCUCAUCACCAGCAAGGAAGCGUUCGUCGACUGGAAGACCACCAAGGCGGUGAUCGACCACAUGAAGGGUAUACUCGAGCGGGACACGAAGCUAUCGAUCCAGCAGUGCGACAGCGUUAACAACUGUCUGCUGUUGCUGCGCAACAUCCUGCACGUGCCGGAGAUGGGCACGGGCGUGGGUACGCACGCGGGCAGCUUCCCGACCGCCGGUCAUAACACCUCCUUCCAGAACCAAAUCAUCUGGAACCUGUUCACGCAGAGCAUCGACAAGCUGCUGAUCUACCUGAUGUCCUGUACGCAGCGCGCCUACUGGGGCGUCACGAUGGCGCAGCUGGUAGCGCUGAUGUACAAGGACCAGCACAUCAGCACGCUGCAGAAGCUGCUGAAUCUCUGGUUCGAGUCGACGCUGUCGGAGAGCUCGGAGGACAACGAGAGUAACACGUCGCCGCCGAAGCAGUGCAGCGGAGACUCCAGUCCAAUGCUUACGUCCGACCCGACGUCUGACUCGUCCGACAAUGGUGAAUGUCUACGCCGGGAACGUACCGUUCCCGGGCAGCAGCCAACCGAACUGCGGCACAAGCCGCAGCACCAAACGCAGAACUUUGAACCAGCCGGACUUAUGAACGCUGUUUGCAUUUUAGGCAGUGGCAAAAUGCCAUCGUCCAUGAGCAAGGAAUGUUCGUCCGAGGCGCCGCAGGUCACGCGCAUGGUUGCCGACUACCCGACCCAGAUCAUACUCUCGCGGGCGAUCAAAUCCCACCAGAUGUACCACCAAACGCUGAAGGCGAACGCGACGGACGGGUGUAUCUUGGGCGGGACGACCUGCGGAAGCUGCUGCAAUGGUGGUGGUGGUGGUGGUGGCUGUGGCGCGAGUGGCAAACCCUCCUGCAAUGGUGCUGGCAUGCACCAUCAGCAACAGCAGCUGUGCGAUCACCAGAAGACACCAUCUGCAUGUGCUUCCGAUGGGCAGGAAGUUAGCCGAAACUUUACCAAAAAGUCCAAAGGUGGCGCCAAGCUUUUUGAGUCGUCGAGCAGCAGUGGUUCGUCGGGCAUCUUUUGCAAACAAACGGUGGCGGCCGCGGUUGCCUCGGUAAAAGAUCAAGCAAUGAAGGAGUGCAGCAAGUCCCAAAAUGGGUCACAGUCGUGUCAGCAGCAGCAGCAGCAGCAGCAACAGCAACUGCAAUCACCUCCAAAGUCGCCAACAUCCCCUUCCCAACAGCAACAGCAGUCACAGGCGCAGCAACAGCAAUCACAGCAAACGCAAAAACAGAUACAAGUGUCUCUGUCGGAGAAUUCGGACUGCGGAUACGGUACGCAGGUGGAGAAAGAGUCCAUCUCCACCUCGAGCAAUGAGGACGACAGCCCGCACCAGAAACCGAUCCACCAGAAGCCGCCCUCCAACCAGAAGCAACGUUUCAAUGCGGCCAACAAGCAGCGCAACCCUGUGUCGGUGCAGGAGAAGAAAGAGCUGCGCCGGAAGAAGUUGGUGAAGCGAGGCAAGAGCAACAUCAUCAACAUGAAGGGGCUCAUGCAUCACGUCCCAACCGACGACGAUAUAUCGCACAUCCUGAAAGAGUUUACGGUUGACUUUCUGCUGAAAGGAUACGGUUAUCUGGUGCACGAGCUGCACACGCAAUUACUGUCGGAUCUGCAAGUGCAAAUCGACACGUCACACUUUUUCUGGCUGGUUACAUACUUUCUGAAGUUUGCCACCCAGCUCGAGUUGGACCUGGAGCACAUCAACAGCGUCCUGUCGUUCGACAUCAUAAGCUACCUUACGUACGAGGGUGUGAUGCUGUGCGAACAGCUUGAGCAGCUUAGCAGAGCUACCGAAACAGACAUAAAGCCUUGUUUGCGAAGAAUUCAUUUGGUUGUAACGGCGAUAAGAGAAUUUCUGCAAGCACUUGACACGUACAAGAAGAGUACACAUCUGACAAAGGAGGACAAAGAGAAGCUUAAGCUGCUGCAGAUUCAGAUCAGCUGCACGGAGGAUUUGCGAUGCCUGUUUGUGUUGUUGCUUCGGUGCUACAACCCAAACAUUCAAAGCCGCCAGUAUCUGCAGGAUUUAAUAGUGACCAACCAUACGCUCCUGCUGCUGCUCGACGGCGUACGGGAACUGACAGCGGAUGGCGUCCCGGGCGACAUGCUGGGCCACAUCAAACAGUUCGCAACGGUGGAGAUAAUGCAUCAGUACGGUUUGCUGCUGGAAGACUUCCGCGAGAAUGGUGCAUUCGUGAACGAUUGUAUCUUCACGAUGAUGCACCACGUGGGCGGCGACUUGGGCCAGAUCAAUGUGCUGUUUCAACCGAGCAUCCUGAAAACGUACUCCCAGAUAUGGGAAACGGAGUAUGAGCUGUGUGACGAUUGGUCUGAUUUGAUUGAGUACGUCAUCCACAAGUUCAUCAACACACCGCAACCGGCACCAUUGACACUGUCGACAACUCUGCCGGACAUCAGCACGCAGCUUCUAUCGAGCAAUCUGCUCGUUACCUGGACACAGGAGGAAAAGGACUCGCUGCACUGGUACUAUGUGCAGUGCCGUCAGAGCAAGUGCGUCGUGGCCGACAUUUUGAAGCUGUUCCAGGAAAAUGGUAACCAGCAAAAGACGCGGCUCUCCAUCAUCGAGCAACUGCUCGAGCAGAACAUCAUCACGCUCAUCCAGUACGACGAUCUGAUGAAGGUGGAAAAUCCGGACUACGAGCGUAAUGUGCAGACACCGGCACUGUCGGUCGCAUCGGCCGACUCACCCAAACCGGAGGACGGUGACUCGAAGUCUUCAUCCAAGGCGGUGGACGACAUACAGGUGUUGCGCGACCGGCUCCAGAAGGAAAACCGUGGCAAACUGAUCGCCUGGCUGCAGAAGAGUUUGCUCGACUGUUGCUUCGUCAAGUUGAAUCUGCUGAGUGGCAACGUGUACGUGACGGCCGGCAUUGGUGGCAAUAUGGGUGUGGUCGUCAUGGAGCCAGUGUCGUACCAUUGCAUCUUGAAAAAGAAAUCCAUCCCAGUUGUACCAUGGAAUCAGGACCAGUUUGCGAUACUGUCCUACCAACCGUUCAUACUGCUGCUUCACAAGCUCGGCUUCCAUCUGCCAGCCGAUGCGAAGAAAAUGUUUGUGCGAAUUCCAGAAUUCUGGACGGCGGACAUCCUGUACAACAUUGCGCUCAAACUCGGUCCACUGGAUAAAUCGAUUCUAAAGUUCGAUCUCAAGUACCUCAACAAGGUGCUUUCGAUGGAGAAACAAGCUAAGGCCGACCCUUGCCCGCCGAACGAUGCUCGGUUAGAGAACUUUGGAUUAUCAAGAUUCAGCCCUCAAAUCACAACUAACUGGCUCGAUGUAGUGAUGCGCAAUAAGGCUGUGCAGAGCAAGCGUAAACUGGAUUUGCCCGGUCCGUCAAAGGUUAUCGAUACGGCCAAUGCUACCCAUCCGAGUGCAACGCUGAAGACGGGCGGCAAACCACCGGUACAGACGAAAAUGCUGCACGACCUUUCCAUCAUUGUCGAAUCGAACGAUGACGACGAUGACGAGCUGCCGGCGGAUGAGGACGAUGGGCUGGAUAGCUCCGAGGUGCCGGUACUGGAGGAACACGAUGUCGUCAGUGCCUGUGAGACCGCUUCGGUCGCGUCGGAUCUGACCCGUAUGUACGUAAGCGACGAAGACGACAAGCACGACAUUGUGCCACCGAUUUUGUAAGACAAUUCAAACACUAAAAAGCAAACCGCAACAAAUCAUCGAAGAAACUCAUCGAUGAGUCAUUAGUUAGCACCCAGUGCACACCAUUUCCCGCCAUGUUGUCUGUUUUACUGUCGGAUAUUAUUGUGAUUUUUCCGGUUGCCAAGUAACGCGGCGACGCAUCACUUGUUUCGAGGUGCAGAAAGAUUCUUUCUCUGAUCAUCCGAGUGUGUCCAAUACAACGCACGCACAGAAAAAUCAGUUGCUUCCUAGAAGCCAAUUAGCUCUCGUUCAUCCAAAGCGCCGAUCUAAUUAUCCAAUUCCAGGAAUGUCAAACCAAAGCCUUACGUAAAGAUAUCCGACAGAUAAAGAGUAGAUAUCAGAAUCCUUACCACAUAGAGCGCCUGCAAAUAGAGCUUCAAUGUUGAGUGUUUGUUCGCAAUUAGUAAGAUUAAAUGCAAUGCCCAUUGCAUUCCCCAUCAUUUGCUGAGCACACUGAGGAGAUGGGAUGGAUUGUUCCAAACCAGUGUAUUGUUUCUCUUGCUCCACUGUUGAGCAAUGAAGGAAAAAUAGAUGUAAAAAAUUCACAUUCCUACACAAGGACAUACAGAUGUACUAUCUUCAUGUUGAUCACUGUUGCUCUCGAUUGGCUGUAAAAUUUCAACGGGAAACAAAAAGGAUACUCUCACCCGCUAGGGUGCUGGGGGGGAUAGAAGGAAGAGAAUCGUCUAACGAUACACCGAAGGAAAUGAUGUUAAAGUUAAGUGUGUGUGACACAAAGUCACCCGAGCCGAGAGCUUGAAGGGAUUUAAACAGGAAGCGGAGGUUUAUACGGUUACCAACUACAUUAGGUAUAGCGUUAUUUUUAGGCAACUGCAAGCUGCGCAUACCCCUCCAAAUCUGCAUUGACGUUUUAUGUCAUAUUGUUUUCCAUUAGUUUUUUGUUUGAUUAUUGUUUCAACAUGCCGAACCUGUACGCGUCCGUGAUGAUAGCCGGCCAAGUCCGGAGGUGACAGCAUGUACGAAAGACUGCAUAGGAACCAGGGGAACCAAUUAAAGUGCUACUUGACAAAACGUUCGACACACGGUACAAAUCGUUUAUCGCUAGGCGAAGGAAAGUGUAUAGCGUGUGAUGAAGAUAGAUGAAUGAUAGAGGUAUUGUUUUGCUAAAAGUGUUCCCAAUCGAUCGCCGUUUUGCGUAGCGUAGUGGUAGCACUGGUUCGCCUACAGUAACGGCCCGGUGUAGAGUGAGAGAGGAACGCUAUGAGCGCUAAGGCUAAGGCCAUUUGAAGGAGCAUCCGCAACGGAAUCGCUUUUCAGAGGCUGUGCAUGAAACAUAGAAUCAAACAAAAAACAGGAAAGUAAAGAUAAAUCGUAAUAAGAGCUUUUACUAGUGCACGUUUGCAUCUGGCCACCGACGUGUGUGCCAAGUGCAUUGAAUAGUUUAUGUACAACAGGUUAAAAAUGAAAGAUGAAUAAA